CCCCUUCCUCCUCCUCCUCUUCCUCCUCCUCUCUCCACCACCCCCCUCGUGUCUUUGCAUAGAAGGACCCUCCGCGGAUGCCCGCUUAAGCCUCACCUUCCCUCCCCGCCAGGUGGAAAGGCUCAUGAAGCCGCUAAGGGAGAGACUAGUGGUUAGAUCUGAAGCUGGAUGGAUGGUUAUGGGGAAAGGGGCAAGCGCGAAAGCCCUCGGACUGACCCAGUUCUUCCUCUUGUGGCUCUCCAUCUUCCCCGCAGCCAUGUCUCCAUGCAAGAUCAUGAAGUGCAACUCUGAAUUUUUGGCCGCAACCUCGGGGACACAGCCCCCGGCCGCUGAGGAUGCUCCUGAGUUCUGCACUGCCCUGCGCGCCUAUGCCCUCUGCACCCACCACACAGCUCGCACCUGCCGGGGAGACCUCUUCUACCACUCUGCGGUCCACGGCAUCGACGAUCUCAUGACCCAACACAACUGCUCCAAAGAUGGUCCCACCUCCCAGCCUCGCCUCCCCCCGCUGCCUCGGGGUGACAGCCAGGAGCGCUCAGACAGCCCUGAGAGCUGCCACUAUGAACGUAGCUUCCACAAACACUCCUUGCGCCCCAACUACACCCACUGUGGGCUGUUUGGAGACCCCCACCUGCGGACGUUUUCGGACAGCUUCCAGACGUGCAAAAUCCAAGGGGCCUGGCCGCUCAUUGACAACAACUACCUGAAUGUGCAAGUCACCAACACUCCUGUCUUGCCUGGCUCCCUGGCAACAGCCACCACCAAGCUCACUAUCAUUUUCAAGAGCUUCCAGGAGUGUGUGGAACAAAAGGUGUACCAAGCAGAGAUGGAUGAACUCCCAGCAGCCUUUGCUGAUGGCUCAAAGAAUGGCGGUGACAAGCAUGGUGCCAACAGCCUGAAGAUCACCGAGAAGGUCUCUGGCCAACACAUUGAGAUCCAGGCCAAAUACAUUGGCACCACCAUCGUAGUGAGGCAAGUUGGUCGCUACCUCACUUUUGCCGUCCGGAUGCCAGAGGAGGUCGUGAAAGCUGUGGAGGACGGAGACAACCAGGGCCUCUAUCUUUGCCUCCGGGGUUGUCCACUCAACCAGCAGCUAGACUUCCAUGCCUUUCCUCCCACCCCUAAGGCUACUGAAAACCGCCCUCCCCGGAAAGGCUCGAAUCCACCUUCUUCACCCGAGGUCUUCACCUACGAAUCAGCCACAGUCAAAUGCAAAGAGAAGCUCCCGGUUGAGGAUUUGUACUUCCAGUCCUGUGUGUUUGAUCUCUUGACAACUGGUGAUGUCAACUUCACCCUGGCUGCUUAUUAUGCUUUUGAAGACGUCAAGAUGCUCCACUCCAACAAAGACAAGCUUCACCUCUUUGAAAGGACACGAGACUUGGAGUCAGGCGUUACGGCCACCUCCGAGCUUUCCAUGGCUCUGUUUCUUUCCCUCUUGGCAUUCCUAUGCUUGAAUCAAAGUCCGUCCCUUUUCUUGUAGACUGGCCCAGACACACUUGGUGGUGGAGCUGGGAAACUGAGGACCACUGUUACAGUUUUGGGCAGGUGUGAAAUGGAAGCAACCAGGGAUUGUGUUGACCCAGGUCACGUCUAGAAAACAUGACUUUGGCUCUUCCUGUCAACGUCUUCCUCUCAACAAAGGCUUCCUCUAUGUGGAAGGCUGGUCAAGGGCCACAUCAGCCACCCGUCCCCUUCUUCCAGUUGCUACACACGAUGCAGACCUUUGCCUUCUCACUUUUCUUGAAUGCCUUUUUCACUGGCAGUGGCAUUUGUAUAAUAGUGUUUGGAGAGGCAACCGUUGCUUCUGGACUGUGCAUAUAGUGGCUUGGAGAUGACCAUUCAAAGAAUCCCUAAAUGGGCCAGACGUGGGCACAGUCCCACGGCCUUUGGGUGGGGGGUGAUUUGUCUGUUUUUGCAUCCUGCUCAUGAAAAAUGGAUUCACGUGGUUGCAUCCUUGUGCAUGGGAGCCUGCUGGUGCACACUUCUCUCCAGAUUGGCUUGGGCAGCUGCUGGCAGCUGCUCCUGGGUGGGUGGGUGUAUCGAUGGUAUUUCCCUCCACUUCCAGAGGAAUGGUGCCUAGGAGCCAAUCUGCAAGGUUUUGAUUGUCUAUUUGCCUCCUCUGGGCAGACAUCACCCUCACAAACUCAUUUCCUUCCUUGCUCACUCCAUUUCGGUCUUCUUCAUAGAAAAUGGCUUCCUUUCACUUUAGCCAAGAAUGAAUGGGGGAGGAAUGGGAGGGUCAACCUGGUUUCAUGGGCAAUGUGAGCAGAUUGUGUUUUCUUUCCAACUCUUGGGUGUGGUUCGAGAACCACAAUGUUUGUCCUGUUUUCAAACUCGUUGUCCACUCCUAUUCUACAUAGGAAAAUAAGCUAGGGAACUAGGCCAGUAUUACUCCAGCCGUGCCACCACUAGGUGCAAAUCCUCUGGUUGACAUAAUCCUCAAGUCUUUCAUUUUGGAAAACAAACCAUGCCAAUCCAUAGAUGAGCUGGAACAUCUUUACCAGUGGUGUCGGUUUUGAGACUGUAAUUGCACCUUCUUCCCCAAUGACUUCUUCCUUUCUGCUUCUGCAGUCGACAUGAUGAGCUGUUCCGGUCAAUCUCCCUUCUGAGAAGGCUGCCUGCUGAGUUGGUGGCAUUACUGUACCAUUUGGGUCUUGUAUUAUAGAAUAGAAUUCUUUAUUGGCCAAGUGUAAUUGAACACACAAGGAAUUUGUCUCCGGUACAUAAGCUCAUAUUACAUACGAGCAACAAGUGAUGGAUCAUUGAUCAUAAAUCAAUUAUCGAGAAGUUGCAUUUCCAGAAGAUGGGUAGGCCUCAUCAACAAUGCCAUUGUUUUAUUCGAGGAAGAAAGGCAGAGAUAGAAGGCCUGCCUCAGUAUUCUGGAAGUACCGUUUUACAAGAUGCACCUUCUUUAGCUCCAUGUUUUUCUUUGUACAACACCUGAGCUAAGGAAUUGUUGAAACAUUAUGUUGGGUUUAGGUCCAGGUGCCAGAUGAGAACUCUCCCAUCCUUAAACUUAUCCUGAUCCCUUUCUAUUUUGAAUACACCAUAAUGGGUGUAACCCCGUUCUUGGGAAGGGGACAUAUUGUGUGGGUGUGUUUGCUGUGUAGAUUGACAACAUGCAAGUUUUAGGGAAACCUUUGAAAGUGAGUUGUCUGCUCCUAAAUUGUGAGCCCUAUCUGACCAUCACAACACCAGAAGGACAUCCAGAUAUACACAAAGCCUUGUUUUUGUAUGUUUCAAGCAUGAACAUCCAUCUGAUCAUCUGCUAGCUGAUAUUUUAUCGUUUGAGUGUGUAGUAAGUUGAACACAUACUAAAUGUUACACAUGUUCAUUUUGCCAAGUGAGCAAAGAGAUGAGAUUCCCCUGCUUCUUUCCUAAAAUAUUUAAAAGAGUACUUUUAUUACUUCUCUUCAUGAUUUGUUCAUCAGUGGACAUGAUUGUUUUCUCUAUUGCCUUGUGUAGUUUGAGAAUAAUUGGGGUCACUUGGAGAGGGUCCUAGGGGAGACUCUAUUCCCACGUUUUCAGACAUCUAGGGAGUCAAGAUGGACAUCUCUCUCUGUCCACAUUUAGCUCAAAAGUACUAUUAGCAAACAGUACUAUGAUUUCACAAAAAGUAUAGGUCAGAAUGUCCACAGUGCUUGGUUGCCAGGUUUUAUCACCACUGACCCUAUUUAGAUAGCAUUUCAGGCAAAUUGGAUUGGAGUAAAAGUCCUAGAUGGUAGGUGGAUCCCAGGAAUAAAUGACUGUGAAGAGUGAAGAUUGUUUUGCCUUCAUAAUUCAUGCAUGCUUGCAUAAACCUAUGGCACCCAUUGCCAUUCACUUUGGAACACAAUCAUUACCUAGCUUUUUCAAGACAUUUUUUCCAAAUUUCCACCAAUUAUCUCUUGCAGCUUCGUCCAAGUGUGACAGAAGAAAUGCAGUGUGAUUUUUUAAAUGUUUUUGCCUGAAUAACAUUUAAGGAACUGGAUAAACCAUAUAUGGAAAUCUUUGGCUGAAUUUAUACAAUUCAGCAAUGGAAACCUGAAUUAUCACCCUGUUUGCGAUGAAGAUGAGAACUCAUCCUUCAUGUGAAAUUUUCCUCAAAAAUGCUCAUAACCCAUGCUAACUACAACUCCUAUAAACCCGAUUCAAUGAUGUCACUAUAAGAGGAGGGGGAUUUUAAUCCAAAUUAACUGGCCACUAUCAAAAUGGCAUUUCAUUUUAGCGUUUCAUAAAUCAAAAUUCUUGAAAACAGUAAAAUGUAACAAAUAGGGAGGUUUUUCUUACCUAACUGUCAUCUUUCAUUCUCUUCAACUUAUUUCUCUGAUUAUGAUGAGCUCUAAAACCGUUUCCCAGAUAUCGUUUCUUAAACCUCUAAUUAUUAACAAAGCACUUUAUUUUUUAUUAUCUUCAGUCAAAUUUUGGCUUCUGAGUGAAUUCAGCCGAUGAAGACCCAAGAGGCUCUGAAUGAAAAUCUGAAUAAAGACAGAGAAAGCGUAUAACAAACACACUGCCUCCCUUUCAAGCUUAUUGCAUGUGUGUGGAAAUUGUAUGGAGUGUUGUGAUGUACAUAUUGUAAAUUAUUUAUUGAUUUUAAAAAAAGCAAAUAAAUUUCUUUUUCUUCCCAAUAA